AUGGAUCGAAAACCAAUCAAAAACUCCAGAGUGGUUACUGUUUCUGUUAGCAACUCAAACACAACAAGGCUGCGCCAACAGGUCAUUCUCACCGUCACACACCUGCAGCCCAGUGAUGGGCACCAGCACGCCUGUGUUUGUUGGUCAGAGGAGAAGGGAGAGGGGUCAAGGCGGGGCUGUGCCUCAGAGGUGGAGGCCGGUACUCUACCCUGA